CAUGUGUUUGGUUUUGGUGUGCGAAUUAAGUGCGACGGAAAAAGCCGAAUUUCUGUAGAAGAACCAAAUAUAUUCUGUCAGCGCCAGUCUGCGAUUCCCGCCGAUUAUCGAGGAAAAUUCCUCUCCCCAAAACCGUUUACACUCUAGUAAGCGAAAGCGACCACUCUGCCGGAGGCUGCGGCUGCUGCCAAUCAUCUUCUUCCCUCCUACUGAGAGGAUAAAGUUGUUGUAGGCCAAAAAGCGAGGGGGAUAAGCUUCUGUGCCUCUGAAUUUACUCCUUUAGAGAGAGAGAGAGACGGAGAUGGCGGAAGAUGUUCGGUGUUGUGAGUCCAAGUUCUUUUUGUUUCUGUUGAUAAUCGCAGGAUUGGUGGCCUUUGCUGGACUCAUGGCUGGCCUCACUUUGGGUCUCAUGUCUCUCGGCCUUGUUGACCUGGAAGUUUUGAUAAAGUCCGGCCGCCCCCAGGAUCGAAAACACGCCGCUAAGAUAUUACCAGUGGUAAAGAAUCAGCAUCUUCUACUUUGCACGCUUUUGAUUGGUAACUCUUUGGCAAUGGAGGCUCUUCCGAUAUUCUUGGAUAUGAUUGUACCUCCUUGGGCAGCUGUCCUUGUAUCGGUUACACUUAUUCUCAUGUUUGGAGAGAUAUUGCCGCAAGCAAUUUGUACUCGUUAUGGGUUGAAAGUUGGAGCAAUAAUGGCACCUCUUGUUCGAAUUCUUCUCAUAGUUUUCUUUCCUAUUUCUUAUCCAAUCAGUAAGGUUCUUGAUUGGAUGUUGGGUAAAGGGCACGCUGUGCUCUUAAGGAGAGCAGAGCUCAAGACAUUUGUGAACUUUCAUGGGAAUGAGGCUGGAAAAGGUGGAGAUUUAACUCACGAUGAGACUACUAUUAUUGCUGGGGCACUUGAAUUGACUGAAAAGACAGCAAAAGAUGCCAUGACAUCAAUAUCAAAUGCAUUUUCCCUUGACCUGGAUGCAACUCUUGAUUUGGAGACACUCAAUGCUAUCAUGACGAAAGGCCAUAGUAGAGUUCCUGUUUAUUCUGGAGAUCCAAAAAAUAUAAUUGGACUAGUUUUGGUUAAAAAUCUAUUGACUGUUGACCCAGAAGAUAGAGUUUCCCUUAAAAAAAUGAUUAUUAGAAAAAUUCCACGGGUUUCUGAAGACAUGCCUCUUUAUGACAUUUUAAAUGAAUUUCAAAAGGGCCAUAGUCACAUUGCUGUGGUAUUCAAGAAACAUGGUCACCAAUCUGAAACAUUGCCCAAAAAAGACAUUGGUGUUAACUCUGGUGAUGCUGCUGCUGCUCAAAAUAUAGGGAUGAAAAUGGAAUCAGUUGAUGCUCAAACAGUAGCUGAAAAGGCUGGUGGCCUACAGACGAAGAAAAGUCCACCAGCUACUCCUGCUUUUAAGAAACGACACAGAGGUUGUUCAUUCUGUAUUUUAGAUGUUGAAAAUGCACCUCUUCCUGUCUUUCCACUUGGUGAAGAGGUGGUUGGUGUCAUUACUAUGGAGGAUGUGAUUGAAGAACUUCUUCAGGAGGAGAUACUAGACGAAACAGAUGAGUAUGUCAAUAUCCACAACAGAAUAAAAAUCAACAUGCAACCAUCUCCAGAAAAACUCAGCAUCAAUCAACCGCAGCUUUCCCCAAAUGUUAAUUUGUGACUGCAUUCUUACCAGCAAUGUCGGCCCUCGGAAGGUUUCACAGGGCGAUUUUGAAUUAGUUAUUGGCAGCUCUUGGCUAUCCUCUUCGCCAUGCCUUCAAUAGUCAGGUUUCUCUAUAACUUAUUUCCUUUAAUCUUGUAAGGGAAUUUAAACUAGAAAAAAGAAAAAGAAAAAAAAGGAAGCGUAAAUCUAGACAAGAAUUUAUUUCUAUGAUGGCAUAGCGAUGUACUUUCUAGAUGAUUGCAUUUUAAAAUUGCUCUUUGAUUGUUAUAUAGGAAUGAUAUGUAGUUAAAACUUCAAUCCAAAGCAAAUGUAUUAAUCAAGGGAGGGCACCAGAAAAUAGAUCCGUGCCAUGCUUAUUCCAAAAUGUCUCCACCUUACCAAUACAUGAUCUUCUUUUCUAUAUAUCUAAUGUUUUCUUUGUACCUAAACUUGAAGUUUA